AUGUCGGUCCACGUGGACCACCUGAAGCGACGCCACACGCUGGACAGCGCUGAGAUCCUGGAGGCCAGGAGGCUCCUGCAGAAGACCCGCGGGCGACUGCUGAGUGACAGCGCUGAUGACGGUGAUGUGAGAAUUGUGAGGCACUCAGCGCAACUGCACUUUGCCCGUAGGAGGGUGAGCAUGACUCUCAUUCCAAAUCUGGCUCAGCUCAAAGAUCUUGAGGCCAAGUUCUCAGAGGGCGUAAAGACCAGCGAGGACACUGGUACUGGUAGCCCACAACCAGAGGGGGACAGCAGGGAAAAAGAUGGCCAACCUGAUUCUCCUGAAAGCUUUAUUCCUCCCCGACGUCGAUGCAACCCUCUUCUAAGACAGGCAUCAACCCAGAGUCAGGACGACGACUCAGAAUCCUCUACAUUCUCCAGUCCCAUACCCUCAGCGCUGCGACUGCGUCGUAGAUCUGCCCUGGUGGAACAGGACGGGACGGAAAGCUCGGAGGAGAACGAGGGAUCCAGAGAAACGAGUGAGCAGAGCCCCCCUGUCUCUGCAUCCCCCACCCCAGAGCAGCAUCCUUCCUUCUGUCAGUAUUCUGUCCAACGUUCCCUGCCUCAGUGGGUCUCCACCAGUCGCUUUGUGAUCCACAUACUCACCCUGGGAGCCAUCUUCUGUGUGGUGUUCCUCUGGAUGUUACUCAUGAUACUGAUACAGCUGAGCUGAACAACUUCCCUGCACUUUAAAACACCAUUGCAUGUCAGAUGUUCAAUCAUUUACGGCAAAUGGUGGUAAAUGACAUUAUCAACAGCGAAUGAGGAAUUUGAAACAGACCAAAUGGUGAUG